GCUCUCACACACGCUCUGUUAGGAGUCUCCUUCACCUCUGAAGUUGUCUCAACGUGUCUGGGACCCAAUUACCUCUCACCCUCCCGUCUUUUUAUUUUAUUGGCGGGCAACAGGACCGGUCCAGAACCGAUCCAGAAGAUAACUAAAGCCACAAUGUCCACAUCGGAUGAAAUGGAUGGGCUGGUUCGCCCGCACUAUGGCUCUGUUCUUGAUGAUGAGAGGAUCACGGCAGAGGAGAUGGACGAGAGAAGGCGUCAAAAUGUAGCUUACGAGUACCUGUGUCAUUUGGAGGAAGCAAAAAGGUGGAUGGAGGCAUGCCUUGGGGAAGAUUUACCGCCUACCACAGAAUUGGAGGAAGGCUUGAGAAAUGGAGUUUAUCUGGCUAAACUGGGAAACUUCUUUAGCCCAAAAGUUGUGUCACUGAAGAAGAUCUAUGACCGGGAGCAGACACGAUACAAUGCAACUGGUCUCCAUUUCAGACAUACGGAUAAUGUGAUCCAAUGGCUUAACGCAAUGACUGAGAUUGGCCUGCCAAAGAUCUUUUACCCAGAGACUACAGACAUUUAUGAUAGGAAAAAUAUGCCCCGCUGCAUAUAUUGCAUCCACGCCUUGAGCUUGUACCUGUUUAAGCUAGGACUGGCACCACAAAUUCAGGACCUGUAUGGGAAAGUAGAAUUUACAGCGGAAGAGAUUGAUAUUAUGAAAAGUGAAUUGGAGAAGUAUGGAAUUCAGAUGCCAGCCUUUGGUAAAAUUGGAGGCAUUCUGGCCAGUGAAUUAUCUGUGGACGAAGCUGCAUUACACGCAGCUGUAAUUGCAAUCAAUGAAGCCAUUGACCACGGGGUCCCUGAAGAAACGUUUACUGCACUUAAAAAUCCCAAUGCCAUGCUAGUAAAUCUUCAUGAGCCUCUGGCUACUGUUUAUCAAAACACACUUUACCAAGCAAAGCAUCAUAAAAUGGAGAAUGCUAAAAAACGGAUGACAGCUGAGAACUCUGGUGAAGAACGGGAUGUAUAUGAGGAGCUGCUGACUCAAGCAGAGAUUCAGGGAAACAUCAACAAAGUAAAUUUGCAAGCAUCCUUAGAAAGGGUUGAUCAGGCUCUGGAUAAGGGGAACUCACAGUUGUUGUUUGAUGCUUUGAGGUCAUCUACACUUGGACUCCAUGGUUUACAACAGGACAAUUCUGAAUGGUACCUAAAGCAGUUGCAGAGUGAUAAACAACAGAAACAGGAGAAUGGGUUCCCUGGUUUUCUGCAGAAGGAAGAGCUGCAGUCUGGUAUUGAUGCCGCUAACGGUGCAGCCCAGCAGUAUCAGCGCAGAUUAGCAGCUGUGGUCAGAAUUAAUAAAGCUAUCAGGAAUGGUGUUGCUGAAGAGACCGUGAAUGAGUUAAUGAACCCAGAUGCCCAACUUCCAGAAGUUUUCCCCUUUGCAUCAGAACUGUACCAGAGGGAGCUGGUCACAUUGCAGCAGCAGAGUCCAGAGGGUAACCUUACCCACCCAGAGCUCUCAGUUGCUGUAGAAAUGCUGUCUUCAGUGGCUCUGAUUAACCGAGCAUUAGAUGUGGGGGAUGUCAACACCAUAGCAAAACAGCUGACCAACCCAGUCACUGGCCUGAUGGAUGUAGAGGAUGAAAACCUGCAGAGAUACAUUGAUGAAUUAAUCAAGCUUAAACACAAAGCAAGGGAGGAAGGAAAUGAGUUUAUCACAUGGAACGAUAUUCAAGGGUGUGUGAAUGAAGUUAAUACAACAGUACAUGAAGAACAUGCACGGAUAUUGGCAAUUGGGGUCAUUAACGAAGCUUUGGAUGAAGGGGACGCUAAGAAGACAUUACAAGCCUUACAGCUACCUGCUGCCAAAUUAGAAGGUGUUCAGCCAGAUGUUGCUCAGCAUUAUCAAGACACACUGGUGCGCGCCAAAAGAGAGAAAGCCCAGGAAACAAAUGAUGAGUCUGCUGUUCUGUGGCUGGAUGAGAUCCAGGAUGGUAUAUUCCGAUCCAACAAGGAAACUGAAGAUGCACAGAAAUUCUCUCUUGGUAUCUUGGCUGUUAAUGAAUCCGUAGAGAAAGGUGACAGUGCUCAAACCCUCAGUGCCCUGCGAUCCCCAGAUGUUGGACUGUAUGGAGUGACCUCUGAAUGUGCACAAACCUAUCAGAAUGAGCUGGCUGAGCUGAAGAAGAAUAAAGUGUCUGUUGGGGACAAUGAAAGUGAGUGGGUGCAGCACUGGGUGAAAGGAGGUUAUUAUUAUUACUUUAACCUGAAUAGCAAAGAAGGUGGAUGGGAUGAGCCUCCGGCAUUUGUGCAGAACAACACACAACUCUUAAAAGAAGAGAUUCAGAGCACUAUCUCCGGAGUUUCUGCAGCAUACAACAGGGAGCAGCUUUGGUUGGCCAAUGAAACACUGAUCACAAAGUUGCAGGCCAGGUGCCGCGGCUAUCUUAUGCGCAAGAAAUUUACUACUAGAAAGAAAUUCUUGAAGGACCAGGUUCCAGCAAUCACAUGUAUUCAGUCUCACUAUAGAGGUCAGAAGCAGAGGAAACAGUACAAGGAUCGAAUGCAGUACCUCAAAGAUCACUCUGAUGAAGUUGUCAAGAUUCAAUCUUAUACUAGAAUGCACCAAGCAAGAAAGCGCUACAGAGACCGGCUGAAGUACUUUAAGGAUCAUAUAAAUGACAUAGUGAAAAUCCAGGCUUUCAUACGUGCUAACAAGGCUCGAGAUGACUACAAAACUUUAAUCAAUGCUGAAAAUCCACCUAUGGCAGUUGUUCGCAAAUUUGUCCACUUGUUGGAUCAAAGUGAUCAAGAUUUCCAGGAGGAGUUAGAAGUAAUGAAGCUUCGAGAAGAAGUGGUUACUCUUCUGAGAGCCAACCAACAGCUGGAGAAUGAUCUUAAUCUCAUGGAUAUAAAGAUUGGACUUCUUGUGAAAAACAAAAUUACACUACAGGAUGUUGUCUCUCACAGUAAAAAGCUUACAAAGAAAAACAAGGAACAACUUUCUGAUAUGAUGAUGCUAAACAAACAAAAAGGAGGCCUGAAAGCUCUGAGUAAAGAGAAGAGGGAAAAGCUGGAGGCGUAUCAGCAUCUAUUCUACUUACUGCAGACAAAUCCCACCUACCUGGCUAAGCUCAUUUUCCAGAUGCCCCAGAAUAAAUCCACCAAAUUUAUGGAUUCUGUCAUUUUUACACUUUAUAAUUAUGCAUCUAAUCAAAGGGAAGAAUAUCUGCUCCUACGGCUCUUCAAGACAGCUCUUCAGGAAGAGAUUAAAUCAAAAGUAGAUCAGAUUCAGGAAAUUGUUACUGGAAACCCCACUGUGAUUAAGAUGGUGGUGAGCUUUAACAGAGGUGCCCGCGGGCAGAAUGCACUGAGACAGAUCCUUUCUCCUGUAGUAAAAGAAAUAAUGGAUGACAAGACCUUAAACAUCAAAACGGAUCCAGUAGACAUCUAUAAGUCUUGGGUCAAUCAGAUGGAGUCUCAGACUGGAGAAGCAAGUAAACUGCCAUAUGAUGUCACACCAGAACAAGCAUUGUCUCAUGAGGAAGUAAGGACUAGACUGGAUUCCUCUAUCAAAAACAUGCGUUCCGUGACAGACAAGUUCCUCUCUGCCAUCAUCAGCUCGGUUGACAAAAUUCCCUACGCUAUGCGCUACAUAGCUAAGGUUCUGAAGGAUACCCUGCAUGAGAAGUUUCCUGAUGCCGGUGAAGAUGAUUUACUGAAGAUAGUGGGAAAUCUGCUCUAUUAUCGCUACAUGAACCCAGCUAUUGUAGCUCCGGAUGCUUUUGACAUAAUUGAUCUUUCUGCUGGAGGUCAGCUUACCACAGAUCAGCGCAGAAACUUGGGCUCCAUUGCUAAAAUGCUUCAGCACGCUGCAUCCAAUAAAAUGUUCCUUGGUGAUAAUGCGCACCUAGGCAUCAUCAAUGAAUACCUAUCACAAUCCUUUCAGAAAUUCAGGCGCUUUUUCCAGUCUGCUUGUGAAGUCCCAGAACCAGAGGACAGGUUUAACGUGGAUGAAUAUUCCGAUUUGGUCACCCUUACAAAACCAGUUAUUUAUAUUUCUAUAGGAGAAAUUGUAAAUACACACACUCUACUGUUGGACCAUCAGGAUGCCAUAGCCCCAGAGCAUAAUGACCCCAUUCAUGAGCUGCUGGAUGACCUGGGAGAGGUUCCCACCAUUGAGUCUCUCAUAGGGGAAGGGCCUGGAUCUGCAACAGAUGCCAACAAGGAGAUGCUGGCAAAGACUGAGGUGUCUCUAACCCUCACUAACAAGUUUGAGGUCCUCGGUGAUGAAAAUGCAGAGAAGGAUGCAAGAACUAUCUUGCUAAAUACAAAGCGUCUCAUAGUAGACGUCAUCAGGUUCCAGCCUGGAGAAACCUUGAUAGAGAUCCUGGAUACGCCGGCAAGCAGUGAACAGGAAGCAGAUCAUCAACGGGCAAUGCAGAGGCGUGCAAUUCGAGACGCAAAGACCCCCGACAAGAUGAAGAAGGCAAAAUCCAUAACAGAAGACAACAAUCUAACACUUCAAGAAAAGAAAGAGAAGAUACAAGCAGGUUUAAAGAAACUAGCAGAACUAGGGAUGGUGAACCCAGCAAAUGGGUAUCAGGACCUCAUUAAUGAUGUUGCCAAGGACAUUCGUAAUCAGAGACGAUAUCGACAAAGACGAAAGGCAGAACUGGUAAAGCUACAGCAAACACACGCUGCUCUGAACUCUAAAGCUUUGUUCUAUGAAGAGCAGGUGGACUACUAUAAAAGUUAUAUCAAGACUUGCUUAGACAACCUGGCACGUAAGGGCAAGGUUUCUAAGAAACCAGGACAAGUGAAAGGAAAGAAAAGCAAAAAGAUAUCAUUAAAAUACUCUGCUGAUCGACUUCACGAGAAGGGCGUACUGCUGGAAAUCGAGGAUCUGCAAGCUAAUCAGUUUAAGAAUGUGAUAUUUGAAAUUGCACCCACAGAAGAAGUUGGAGAUUUUGAAGUAAAGGCAAAGUUCAUGGGAGUUCAAAUGGAAACAUUUAUGUUACACUAUCAGGACCUUCUACAGCUGCAGUAUGAAGGAGUGGCAGUUAUGAAGAUGUUUGACAGAGCAAAGGUCAAUGUAAAUCUUCUCAUAUUCCUCCUCAAUAAGAAAUUUUAUGGAAAAUAAAGAUGUAACCGAAGACCAUGAGACAGAGAAGGCAGAUUUGCAGUUCAAUCCUAUAUUGGUGACAAAAAAGAGAAACUGCUUUUACUUUUAUAUACUUAUGAGACUAUUUGCCCUAACCCUGCAAGCCUCCUACUGCACAAAGUCUUCCUUCAAGCCCUGUUAGUUGAACAGGAAGGGGGCGGUGGUGCUUCUAUUGUGUUACUUGUGAAAUGGUUUCUAAGAAAUACCAAAUAUAUUUGGACUUUAUAUAUAAAACUGUUAUGUAAAAUGUUGAAGAAAUUUGGUCCAAAGAAGAUUAUGUUGAGAUUUUAUCUUUAACCGGGUAUCUUCCGGUUUGCAGAAAAGAAAAAAAAACUAUCACCAGUUUUAAACCGUUCAUUUCUGUGCUAAGAAUCAUAAGGACAUAAUGUACCUAGAUGUGUAGCCAACACAUAGAACAGUUUGGAUUAACCAAUGUAUUUGCUCUAUCAAAGGUAGAAAACCAUGCAAUGGUAUUUUAUCUAGCAAGCUGCAUUGUUUGUAUCCCAAAGCAUUCUACAUAUUUGGUAUAUUCAUACUGGGAUCUCUAAAAUAAGACUCACAUUGUCUUAAAACACCAGCAUGUAUCACAUAUUUAUCUGUUGCAAUAAAGGGAUUGAGUUUUAGUAGCUUUUAUGGGGAUAGAUUGCUAAACUUACUAAUUUGUGUAAUAUGUACAAGAUGCGUUUAGCACACUUGAUAUUUUAUUUGAAGUUUAAUGAACCCCACACAGAGAUUUAUCUUCUAUGGUACAUUAUUUUAAUGAUAGAUAUUAACCAUUUAACCCCAGCAGUACAAGAUGUGACCCUGUCACAUGCUAUUCCCAAAUUUUGUUUCAGCUUCCUAGUUAUCUCCUCUGUUAUGUUAGAUGUUGGGAUAUAUAUCUGCCACAUUGAUGUUUUUCUAUUUUUAAUGUUUGCUUUAGAUGUAUUUAAGGAAUACGUUGUUGUAUUAAACGGUUGGAGGGUAUUUUUACCCAACAUGACCAAUUAUUGUAAUGCAAAUCCCUUUCCUCGGGCUCAUAUAAGAAAUUUUAUAUGUCCUAGAAAAUAGCCAUUUAUAUUUCCUGUAAACACAUAGGACAUUUUUAUAUUAAAAUCUUCUAAAUUGGCAAGAUUAUUGAUUUCGAACACUAGCUUUUUAUAGCAGAUGUUAACUGAUGCUUAUGCUAUAAGAGCAGUUCAGGUAUAGCUGAAAAAGCUUUUCAGAUGAGAGGAUAUAUUUUAUCCUGUAAUUUAAAUCAUUUUUUAAAAUAAAUGUUUAAAAUGUUUUUUUUUUUUAUAUAUAUAUAUAGAUAUAUAUAUAUUUACAUUCCAAUGUAAGUUGCCUAACAGAUAGAAGCACUGCACAUUUGGUAAUUAUUUAAAGAGUAGGCAUAGCAACAUAGAAAUGAAAUGUAAUCAUCUCAGAGAAAUAUAUAUAUAUAGUAUUAAUAGAGCCCAUGCUCAGAUGUUUAUUUGUGCUGAUUUCUUCUAUACAUCUUCAGUGCUUACACAUUCAAGCUACAGCCCAUUAACCAAUACGGCAAAGUGUAAAAAAAACGACCAUAAAAUAGCAUAACACACUAGCUUCUAAAUUCGAGAUCUAUGAAUAUAAUAGAUAAGUAAAAUCGCUCAUAUUGUCUAAAGCUGAAAAAUAGCUGCCGAUAUAGUAAAGCUAGUUAUUGCAGGAUAUGCUCAUUAUUGUAAGAAUUGUUUUGUUUAUGGGGCCAAUACAUACCCAGAAUGAUCGCAAUAGUUUGAUUAUACCAUUAUACAAAUGCCUUGAAUUCCCUUGUUUUUACAUGGGGAUGUCAGUCUGUAUCUAUAUAUUUGAUCAGCUAAAUAAAAAAAAGAUAAUUUGUUUGCCUCUGGUUUGUGUAUACAUUUUUCUUGUCAUACCACUAAACAUACAAUAUAGAGAGUUUUAUAAAUAAAUGAAACAUACCUAUACAUUGUGAUUUCCAUAACCUGGUUGCUCACAUUUGUAACUCAAAAAAGUAUAAUAAAUUGUGUGAAAAUUAAAUGCA